ACCGAGGUGCUCUGCCUUACCUGAUAUUAGAGUAGGUUGGGAUGAUUGAUGUAGGUCGAAGUCUUUCUUCUAUUUGUAAGUGUAUUCUCCAGAUCAGAUCCAGUUCCACGGAUUGAGAUUCUUGUUCCUGCUUUCUGCAGGUCUUCAGGUACCGUUGGUAUCUGUACAGUGAUUGAACCUCAGUCUAAGCUCUUCACAACAGCGGAAAACAGUAUGGCGACAACGACUUCGCUCUCAGCCUUACCUACAACAUUGCUUUCAACUACCCUCUCCCUCGCCGCCUCAAACACAACCUCUUCCCUCUACCCAACCGCAACUACAACCCUCUUCUACAACAGUACCUGCAACACAACCCUCUCCUACAACACCACCACAUCCCUCAAUACCACCUCGCUCAUCUGCCUCGUCCCCUCUUCCGGCGGCGGAAACUCCUUCCCCACUUGGAUCUUCGAGCUCUGGCCGCUCGACGUCGCUUUACUGAUCGUCGGCGCUGGGGUUCUAUACGGCUUGGUGUUCUUCUUCGCCGGUAUCGUGAUUCUGGCGUUGAAGUUCUUGAAGUUGUUGGGCAGAGGAGCGAAGGGUGUGGGGAAUGGGGUGGGUAGGGGUGUUGGGAGCGUGAAGAAGGGGGUUAAUAGGAAGGUGGGGCAGACGAGGGAGUGGAAUGAGGGGAGGGUGAAGAGGGUGCAGGAGAGGAGGGAGAAGAGGUUGGUGGAAAUGAGGGGGACUAUUGCUUUGGAGGCUAUUCCGCUUCCUUGAGGUUGGGGGUUUCUUUUCUUUGUUGAUGAUUUGGAUGCGAUGUUUUUGUCUGUUUGUUGGUUUUAAUUUGUAUAUCAGUUUUACUUUUCCGGACUGGAUAUCACGGCAGCAUUUCGUGAAGUGCCCGGAAAUAGAAUAUGCAGGGUCACCCC